GGGAGCUGGUUGCGGGAGUGCCCAAGUCCUGGAAUCCAGAGGCCCAGGAGACAUGGCGGCCCCCCGAGACGCUGAGAUACGGAAGGACGUGCAGACCUACUAUGGGCAGGUGCUGAAGAAAUCAGCAGAUCUCCAGACCAGAGCCUGUGUCACUGCAGCCAGGCUGGUCCCCAAGCACAUCCGGGAAGCUUUGAAGAAUAUACAUGAAGAAGUAGCCUUGAGGUAUUAUGGCUGUGGUCUGGUCAUCCCUGAGUGUCUGGAAAACUGCUGGAUUUUGGACCUGGGCAGUGGAAGUGGCAGAGAUUGCUAUGUACUGAGUCAGCUGGUCGGUGAGACAGGACAUGUCACUGGGAUAGACAUGACGGAAAGUCAGGUAGAAGUGGCUAAGAAGUAUAUUGAGUACCACAUGGAAAAAUAUGGCUUCCAGACACCCAAUGUGACUUUUCUUCAUGGAUACAUAGAGAAUUUGGAGGAGACUGGAAUCAAGAAUGAGAGUUACGAUAUUGUUAUAUCAAAUUGUGUCAUUAACCUUGUGCCUGAUAAGGAACCCGUGCUGCAGGAGGCGUACCGAGUGCUAAAGCACGGGGGGGAGCUGUAUUUCAGUGACGUCUAUGCUAGCCUUGAAUUGCCAGAAGAAAUCAGGACACACAGAAUUUUAUGGGGUGAGUGCCUGGGUGGUGCUUUAUACUGGAAGAACCUUGCCAUCCUUGCCCAAAAAAUUGGUUUCUGCACUCCACGUUUGGUCACUGCCAAUCUCAUUACAGUUCAAAACAAGGAAUUAGAAAGAGUGAUCGGUGACUGUCGUUUUGUUUCUGCAACAUUUCGCCUCUUCAAACUCCCUAAGACAGGACCAGCCAAAAGAUGCCAAGUGAUUUACAAUGGAGGAAUCACGGGACACGAAAAAGAACUGAUAUUUGAUGCAAAUUUCACAUUUAAGGAAGGUGAAAUUGUUGAAGUGGAUGAAGAAAUGGCAGCUAUCUUGAAGAAUUCCCGAUUCACCCAGAAUUUUCUGAUCAGACCAAUUGGAGAGAAGCUGCCAGCAUGUAGUGGCUGUUCUGCUUUAGGAUCAAAGGGUGUAAUCACAGAUCCUUUCAAGCUUGCAGGAGAGUCCAACAAUGCAAAGCCCGGAUGUUCUUCUGAUGUUGCGGGAGGCUGCUGUCUGUAAUUUACAGCUGACCAGAAGAAAGGGGCAGACGGUGAAGGACUUACAUGUCCUUUAAUCUCCUCU